AAACAUCUGCGCCGAUUUCUGCGCAGACAGAUCGUUGCGUGUGGACCGGGCUUAAUGAUGCAGUCAUGUUAUAUCCUACAAAAACGUGUCUUCAUAUGAAUAUUCAAUAGUAUUUAGUGAUAUUUAUUUAUUUUUCCUUUUUUAUUAUUACAACACAGGCUUUUCGAAUAACAAUUAUUAGUUUAACAGCUGCCAUAUUACACUGUGGAACUAUUUCCUGCGUGUAAUCCACAAUUUAUACGAUGCUUGGUCUCACAAACUACGAGUUUAUACGAAUCGCUUUUUCGGUUAAAUACAUUAAGUUUCUUUAUUCGUUCAAAAAUCUUUUAAGACUGUACGAAAGUGUACGUGCAGGCCAUCGUUCACUGGAAUCCAAUGGUGUACAGCAGCAAAUACACCACGAUAACUGCGACAGAAUGCUCGUGUUUCGAAAUACUAACCUACUGCCACCAGGGAGCAGUGGUGGUAGGAAAUUGCGCAACGAUUUACUACCACAGGUUAGACUGUGGUACUACCCAGCUGAGCUUUUUGGGGCUUUUUCCCAACUAAAAGCUCUGAGUUUACACAUGCAACUACAAUGCAAUUGAAGUAUGCCACUAGCUGUCGCGAUACUUUUGUUGCUUGUGUGAACCCGGUUUUACAGUUUAUGAUUUAGUCAGCACAUUCGCUGUUUCUCUUCAGUCAGACGAGGUGUAAACAGCUUGAAUCUAAUAUUUAUACUUAUCCUUCACUGCACAAAAAGCCACUCCGUCCAUAUUACCCGAAACUAGAAGCGCAUUUCCAGAAACAAUUUUGAAGUGUUAACAUGACCGCUCAGAAACGGUAAUGGAAAAUUGGUUUACGAAAUCAGCAGUUUGCAGCCGCAUUUGAUCGUUGCGUGUUCACAAACAGCAGCCAAUUAGGGAAGCAACCGCUUCGUUAUGAUCCGCACUUUUUCACGCACAGUAUUUGCGGGAGUCUCUGCGAAGCUAGAAGGCUUUGAUGAGCAGCGUUAAAAAAAAUGGCUGUUCGUGUAUACAUCGCUAGAAUUUGUAUAGUUCAGUAGAAUUUUAUUGAACUAAUGUCCGAAAUGAGGCCAUAUUUGCAGGAAUUCCACGUCUCAUUGAAAGAAAAUUGAAAAUGAGUCAUUUAUUUGAAUAUAUGUUUGCAUUUUUACAGCUGACUGUUACUUCCAACGGUUGAAGUUCGUUCGAUAACUGACCUUAUAGGAUUAAAAUCUUAGCAAACUUAAUUUGCUCUUUACUUGAAUUGCCCAGCAGCUGAUGUCGGAAAUGCGUCUCCUUAAUUCUCACAACACUGAUCGUCCGUAGCGUGAUACAGGUUUUUGCUCUUAUGGAACAUGGUCACAAGAUAUUUUAAGGCAAUGUGAAACAUUAACUUAAUGAGAAAAGUAGGUUUAACAUACUCGCCGAUUACACGAUGGCCACAGUUCAACAGCCAACCACACAAUUGGAAUUUCACCAAGCCAUGGCAGACUUCAGAACAAUGUUUCCAGAUAUGGACGAUGAAGUUAUAGAGGCAGUCCUAAGGGCAAAUCAAGGUGCUGUAGAUGCAACCAUUGACCAGCUUUUGGCAAUGACAACUGACAAUGAGAAUGAGAAGUUGCGCAAUGAAAUUGAACAAAAGGAAACAUUGGAAACUUCAAAAGGUCUUGGCACGACUGCUGAGGUUGCCAUUAUAACAAGUUCAUCUCCUGCAAAAAGCCCUCAGAGGCCAGCUUCUGGAGAUGAAGUGCCAUUGACAUUGUCUACAACACCUCCACUACAUUCACUCCGUGGUUGGGUACCACCACUUGUAGGACCAUUGCCUGAUGACUUUCUAAGGAUAACACCAGCCACGACAUGGGAUAGUCACCAUAAGAAACAGGCAAUGAUGCUUAAUCAGCAGAUGUUACAGAAGAAAUUUGCAGAAAACCAAAAAGUCCGUGGUGUUUUAUGUGAUGGUGCUGACCCUGAGUUAGAUCGCUAUCUUGAAGAUGAGAGAAUUGCUCUUUUCUUGCAAAAUGAAGAGUUUAUGGCAGAAUUACGUUGGAACAAAGACUUUCUUUCUACAUUAGAGAAGGACCAAGCAGAUGAGAGCCCUCCUGAAGAAACACUUGCACCAUAUCCCUUAAAGUCAUUGUCUGCUGCGCAUGAUGAGGAUGACAUAUUCAGAGAACGUCUGCGUAACAUGGGAAAAAUGUCACGAAAGAAGUUUGCACAGUUGGCCAGAGUUUUUACUCGUCGUAAGAAACGAAGUUCUGCAAAGGCAAUUCUUAGCCAAGGUCCUGCACCAUCCAGAGAUAAUUUGCUUUUGAAUGCUGAACCCCUCUUAGAUGAUGAUGAUGAUGACAUUGAUGAGCAUGUUGAUAAAGAAGCACAGAGUGGUCAUGUUUCACCCCAAGUGCGAAUAGAGCACCGAGAAUAAGACUGAUUCUGGAGCGAGAAUUCACCUGUAAAUGGAAAAGCCUUAGUUUUGUCUUGGCUUAUGUCUACAAUGCUUGCAUCUUACUUAAAUUAUGUGAUUUUCACUUCUGUAUAGUAUAAAGUGAAUUUGUAAGUACGUGCCAUUUUGUGUGUGUGUGUGUGUGUGUGUGUGUGUGUGUGUGUGUGUGUGUGUGUGUGUGUUUCUGAGAGAGAGAGAAGGCAGUUGUCAAGCUACAGUGAACUGCUGCCAUUUCACUAUGUCUUUUUGUCUUAUUUAUAUUUAUCAGGGGAUCAUAUUAAGUAAUCAUUUCCACCAUUUCUGUUAUAAAUUGUCUCUUUAUGAAUAUUUAAUUGGUUUAGCUUGCUUUGAAGAGUACUGGGUUUAUUGUAUUAACAGAAUUAGAUCACCUGCUUAGAAAUCGGACUUAAAAUUUAUCUUUGUUUAUAUGACACACAUCUUUCUUGUUUAAAUUAAAUUUUUGUUUUGAGGAAAGGAUUUGGAACAGCAAUGAGAGACAUGAAAGAUACAUGAAAUAUGCCACUUGCAGGCUUGAUUCUUGCAGCACAAUUUUUCCUUCUUUGAUACAGGCUAGUACAGGCAAGAAACUUUACCACUGGUAGAGUUAUGAGACAGUUCUUCCGUACUACCUAUACUGACAUGUUGCAGUUUAUUGUCCACAAUGGUUACUUCAUAAUAUUUUUGUUUGAUAUGCUCGCUGAAAAAUGUUAACAUUUAAUGAGAAUGGUAGAACUUUAUAGCUUUGGACACUGGAGCUAAUGACAGGCUUGUACUUCCUUCAAACAUUAUUUGUAGGUUGUAAAAACUUCUGAGUACUUUGGUAAUGAAGUAAAUGAAAAAGAUUAUGAUUGUCUGUGAAAGUAAUAUAUGUUUCUCAAGUUCUAAGUUAAAGACAUUGUUAAGUGGAGUGACAGUACUGCAAAGUUUUGCAAUCACUGAAAAGAGUUCAUCAUUAUUAAUCACAUACUAAAACAAUUAUUAGUAGUCCACUCAAGGUCAGACAUAUCAUUAGGUUGCAAAUUGAAGACCAGAAGGAGGAAAGGGGAUGGGAGAGCCGGUGAUACUUCAUUGCAUUUACUAAGAUACUUGUAGAUCAGCAGUUUCUUAACUAUUUUUGUAGACAAGAAUUUAUCCAAUGGGGGGAGGGCAGCUGACCCCCCCCCCCCCCCCAAAAAAAAAGACCUCACAAGCUCUUCCUCCUACAACAGGAACUCAUUUUUAAUUGUUUUUUUGUAUGUGUCUCUCUUGAUUAGUCUCUUGGCUGCAAGUAAGGUUCCUGAUGAUUUAUUUAUAAGUCAUGCAUAUGAGUUUGAAUAGUGCAUUUUUUAUUUUCUUUGCGGUCAUAUAUUGUGGCGCAUUUGGAGUAGUAUGAUCUUUAAGAGAAGCAAAUUGAAAUCUGCAUACAGAUCUCUUCCAUUAGUUUAUUAAUUAGGUUUAUUGUUAAGAAAAUACUCGGUUGUAGAUGAAUUAAUUGUGUGUGAUUCUAGGAUAAUUGAUUUAUUAAAAUGGUAAAGAAAUAAUGAAAAUAUUCCAGGCUGCUUGUUUGGUUGUGCACAGAGGGGCUGGGGCAAGGAGACAUAACGCAAAGCACAUCAACAACAUGCCAAAAGAGAAACACAGAAUCUGAAGACAGUAAUACUUCUUCAUCUUCUUCUUCUUCUUCUUCUUCUUCUUCUUCUUCUUGUUUUCCCCAGUAAAAUAUGUUUGGAACCUUUUCAGAAUAGCAUUACAGUAACCAGAUCUCUGUGUUUUACACUCUUUCAUAAUUUUUGUUGCUUCAAUUAAAGAUUUGCUAGAUGGUAUAUUCUCUAUUAGUGUUUAUUUCACCUAAAAAUUAAAUUUAAGCUCAUCGCAGAUCUUGACAUACAUGAUGCAUUAAUAUUCAUUUUUUUUUACUGAUUUCUCUCUCACUUCUUUACCUAUUACUUCUAUAUAUGCAUGAAUGGUUGAGCUAUCUCUAUGAGAAAUAAUUAGUCCAAACUCUUCCUGCGUUGAGUGAGCAGUGCAGUGGUUAGUACACUGGACUCACAUUUGAGAGGACAACGGUUCAAACCCGUGUCUGGCCAUCCUGCUUUAGGCUUUCUGUUAUUUCCCCAAAUCACUUCAGGCAAAUGCCGGGAUGGUCCCUUUGAAAGGGCGUGACCGACUUCCUUCCCCAUCCUUCCCUAAUCCAAUUGGACUGAUGACCUCACUGUUUGGUCCCUUCCCCCAAGUCAACUGGUCAACUCUUCCUGCUGCUGUUUUUCCUUGCUGAUUUACACUAACAACUAUUUUCUUGAAUAAGACAAAAACAGUUUCAUUGUAUCUGAUGUUGAUUGCAUUCAUUCUGUAUCAUUAAAAUUAUUUCACUGAAAUAACAUUAAUCAGUCACAUUUGGAAACAAUGUUCUGUUGGAAACAUUUAGUUCAACAACGAAAGUGCAUUACUGUUUUAUAUUGGAUGGUGAUCCAAAAGCAACUUUAAAAGGGUGCUAGUUGAGAUUAUUGUAAUUGUUAUUUAUAAUUUUUAUUGUUGUUAUAUUUAUUUGUAUUUUCAACCUUUAAGAAGUUUGAUUAGAAUAUUUUCUGUAUUCUGUGUCUUACUAAAAUUAUUAAGACACAUGUUGUGAAUUGGUUAUCUAACAGUAUUCCAUUUUACUGGAGUUCAUACAACUUGUACUGCAAUCUGAAAGACACAAAAUUCUUUGAUAGAUCUAAUUACUUUAAUUUUCUCAGAAGCAUUAAGCAAAAGGUAGAAGCCUACUACUCAAUGGCCUACUUGACGUCAGCUUGCUGUCAGUUUUUAAAGAGUUUAUGUGUAAUUGUUUUCUAAGCAUGUAAUAGAAAUGAUAACUACACAACUCUACAGCUUCAUUUGUAUAUUGCUCUUACACUGGUACACUGUUUAUUAUGAUUGUUACUUUAUGAGGGAAGGUAUAAUGGCAGCGAAGCAUUUAUCUUGUUGCCAAAGAAUCAUAAUAUGUAGGAGUAACACUUCUUCACAAGUUGUGUACUGUAUUAGUCUUUGUUUAACUUCCAGAAUGUUGAUCUAUUUUCUUUUAUGUGAUACAGUGAAAAAAGAUGUAAAGUUAUCUUAUAUCAAUGUACAAAAGAAACUGUAUUACAAUACUUUGUUAAUCAUUGUUAUGGUUUAUGUAGUGCUGUUAAAGUGCUAGUAAUUGCAGCUGUUUAUUCAUAAUGAAUUUCAUAAAUUAUUUGGAAUGUUAAUUUCUUGCUAAAAGGAUUUGUGAAAUGAUGUGGUUCAUUCAUUAUUAUGUGUAGUUAUUUUAGAUCAGAAUACCACAUAUGAUUCUUUUGAAGGUACUGUGAUAGUGAAGCAAAAAAGUAUAGUACAGAAAUUGGUGACUAGGUAUCAGAAUAGAUAAUUAAGAGGCCUUCACUAAUAUAUAUGUAAAUAAAUAGAUUUAAACUGAUCUUAUGUGAAUUUGAAAUAUUUUGUAAACAUUUGAUUUUUAUAACAGUUAUUUCAUGUUGUGUGUUAAGACAGUGGUUGCUUGUGAGUGUUUUUGCUUUGCAAGGAUCAAAAGAGAAGAAAUUGAAAGCUGAGCUUUGUGCUUAAUGUAAAUGAAUCUUAUAUGCUAGUCACCUCUGAGCUAGUCGCAUCUCCUUUUUUAUUGCUGCUUUUUAUAAAAAGAACUUAUAAUGCAUAGUGCUUACAGUUUCUUUAUUCAGUAUAAACAAAUAAAUGUAAAUCUAUUUGUUGUUUCACUUUAUUCAAUACUGUAAAAUGUUAGAAUAGCAGUUCAUUGUGUACCAAAGAUCUUAGCUGUUGUAGAGUACCUAAUGUACUGUUUUAUAAAAUGUGACUGACAAAUAAGCUGUAUUAUACUGUACUAAUUAUCAGUUACAGUCAGUCUGAUAUGAAAAGUACUCUGUUGUGAUAUUUUAAGCCAUCCAUUGUUUUGUAUUGUUGAUGGGUUGACAGUAACAUAAUAUCUCCUAAAUAGUUCUUUUUGAAUACUUGUUGAUAUUAAUUUACUUGCAUUGAAAUAUUUCAGAUUUGCAAGUGGAUUAUACAAGUUAGUUUUAUUACAAAAAAAAUAUACUUAAAUUAUGUUACUAUUAUUACAGACAAUGUGAACUCUGUGUUAAUGCCCCUAUAAACAGGGAAGUAAUAUCGUAUAA